UGUGUCAUUCAGAUCAUGAGACUUCUGCUUUCACCACAAACCACAGUCCUAAGGUUAAGUUACUAGAGAUGAGGUCUUUUCAUCCUGAGGUGUUGUUGCUCUUCAGUCUGAUCAGCCUUGUUUCUGGGCUGCAGUUUGCAAGUUCAUCUUUCUCCCAGGUGCCUUUCCUCUCUGUGUGGAACGCCCCGACUGCCAACUGCCUCUCUCAGUAUGGCGUCGAUCUUGACCUGGGGACGUUCAGCAUCGUCCAGAACCAGAACCAGACCUUUAUGGGUGACAACAUAACCAUCUUCUAUGCUGAAAAGCUUGGUCUGUACCCGAGGUACUCCGGUCAGGGGAAAGCUGUUAACGGCGGGGUGCCACAGAACAGCAGCCUGGAAGAACACCUCAGAGCUGCCGCUGAAGACAUCCACACCUGUAUCCCUGACAGGGCUUUCCAGGGCCUGGCUGUGGUGGACUGGGAGAACUGGAGACCUGUGUGGGAGAGAAACUGGGACAGUAAGCAAGUGUACUGGGAGGGGUCGAGGGCGUUGGUGAGGUCCAAGCAUCCGGACUGGAGCCCCGCACAGGUAGACGCUGUGGCACAUAAGGAGUUUGAAGAAGCUGGGAGAAAUUUCAUGGAGAAAACUUUGAAACUGGGGCAGCAGGAAAGGCCGAAUGGUUUGUGGGGUUUUUACAGUUUCCCCAACUGCUACAACUACUACAGUGGCAAAAGCACUAACUACACAGGGGAGUGUCCAGCUGUAGAGAGAAAGAGGAACGACAAGCUCUUCUGGCUGUGGGCCGCCUCCUCUGCUCUGUAUCCUGACAUCUACCUGAGCCUGGAGAUGCGAGGCCUCAGCAGAGAAGUUCUGCUCUACACUCACCAUCGCAUCCUGGAGGCCAUGAGAGCAGGAGCUCAGGUGACUCCGUGGACGCCGCCUGUGUUCCCCUACGCUCGCAUUGUCUACACCUACACGUUAGACUUCCUCUCCCAGGAGCACCUGGUUUACACUAUCGGAGAGAGUGCUGCCUUAGGAUCUGCAGGUGUGGUGCUUUGGGGCGACCACCUCUUAUCCAGAUCUCAGGCUACCUGUGAAGCUGUCAAGUCCUACAUCGAUGAGUAUCUGGGUCCUUACCUGGUUAAUGUAACAUCGGCCACUGUGCUUUGCAGUCAGACACUCUGUUCCUCCCAGGGAAGGUGCCAAAGGAGGAACCCGAACUCAACGGCCUACCUUCACCUCGACCCUGCUGCGUGGAAGAUAGUGUCUGAGAAGAGACCAUUAGGAGGGAAGAACUACAGAGUUUUAGGACGGAUGUCGACACAUAACGUAAAGCUGAUGAAGUCUGACUUUGAGUGCAAGUGUUAUCCUGGCUGGGGUGGUGAGAGCUGCUCCGAGCCAACUCAGGGAUGAGACUUUUCUCUACGGAGGUACGUAAGUUAGUGACAGUAUUAGUCUAAUGAACAGCAGUGACAUCUGUAAAAGUCAGGAAAUUAAGAACUACAAGAGUGAAUGUGGUCUCUUGUGAGUGGAAAUUUUUGACUGUCAGAUUUUAUUCAUGAAUUGCUUUUGUACUUGCUUUUUCUUCUUGAUAAUAUUAGUUUUUAAAAUAAAACACCAGUUUACAGUG